AUGUCCCACGGUGCUGGUGGUGAGAUAAGGCGCUCGUUUUACGAUCCGGCCAGCAGAGAGCCAAGCCUUGGCGGCCAGAUGGCUGUGUGCGGCUGUGGCCACCUCGAAGCAGCCAGUGCUGGAAAGCAGCUUCGUCUGCAUCCCGGCUCCGGCUUGUGGAGGCGGCCCCCGGGGGCGGCCCUGACCUGGUGGUCCUUCCUCUCCCGGACCUGGCAGCGCUCUCUCCGCGGCCGCGGCUGGGGAAUGCCAACUAGUACUGGGGGCGUGGGGCGGCAGGAGCCUUCCCCCCGGGGCGGAGCCGGAGCUCCACAUGGCCUGGAUCUGUGGCGGGUCCUGGGACUAGCUGAGGUGGAUGGAAGAAGGCCAGUGCAGUUGCUGUGGAAGAAGGCAAAAGGAGCCCCGGUCCUGGAGAAAACUCUUGGCUACAACAUAUGGUACUUUCUAGAAAACAACACUAACCUCACAGAGACAAUGAAUACCACUAACCAGCAGCUUAAAUUGUAUCAGGGAGGCAAGACCUACCGGGUAUAUGUGAUUUCUUACAAUUCUCUUGGGGAGUCUCCAGUGGCCACGCUGAGGAUUCCAGCUAUUGAUGAAAAGUCAUUUCAGUGCAUCGAGGCCAUGCAGACCUGCUUCACUCAGGACCAGCUGGUGGUGGAGUGGCAAAGCUCUGCUCUGGAGGUGGAUACAUGGAUGAUUGAGUGGGUCCCAGAUUUGGACUCAGAGUCCUCGACCAUUUCCUGGGAAUCUGUGUCUCAGACCAGGAACUGGACGAUUCAGUAGGAUGAACUAAAACCUUUCUGGUGCUAUAACAUCUCUGUGUAUCCAAUGUUGCAAGACCAAGUGGGUGAGCCAUAUUCUCUCCAGGCUUAUGUCAAAGAAGGUGUUCCAUCAGCGGGUCCCAUGACAAAUGCGGAGAACAUUGGUGUGGAGACAGUCACAAUUACAUGGAAGGAGAUUCCCAAGAGUCAGAGAAAUGGUUUCAUCAACAACUGUACCAUAUUUUACCAAGCUGAAGAUGGAAAGGAAUUCUCCAAGACAGUCAACUCCAGCAUCCUGCAGUAUAGCCUGGAGUCCCUGACACGAAAGACCUCUUACACUGUUCAGGUCAUGGCCAGCACCAGUGCUGGGGGAACUAGUGGCACCAGGAUAAACUUCAAGACAUUGUCAAUUAGUGUCUUUGAGAUUUUCGUUAUAACUUCUCUGGUUGGAGGGGGCCCUCUUAUUCUCAUCAUCUUGACGGUGGCAUAUGAUCUCAAAAAACACAACAAAUUAAAGCACCUAUGUUGGCCCAGUAUCCCCAACCCUGCUGAAAGCAGUAUAGCCACGUGGCAUGGAGAUGAUUUCAAGGAUAAGCUAAAUCUGAAGGAGUUUGAUGACUCUGUGAACACAGAAGAAGAUGGGAUUCUAAAACCAUGUUCUGCCCCCAGUGACCUUACUGACAGACUCCUCUUGGCUGACUUGCCCCUUGAACCUCGGAGCUCCCUGGGGUUGAGUCCCUGGUGGACAGAUCGCUUCACAAGCUCUCCGUCAUCUACACCCAGGCUUCAGCUGCAUCUGUGUCAUCCCCAAAUCUCCAUCUGCAUCGAGCCCAGGAUCCACACUUCCAACUGCUCACUGGACAUCUCCACUUGGAAUGAACACGUCCAAGACGAAGAAUGUGUAUCCACAACCUAUUUACUUCUCUUUCAGACCUUGUUUCUCCAUUCUCAUACUUGGACACUUGGAGUCAUUGAAGCUCCUUCCUCGUCACCAGCAUCCAGUGGGUCACCAAAUCCUUAUACUCCUCUCUGCAAAACUUCUCUCCCCAUCAGCCCUCUCUACUCCAUUCCCUCUAAUCCUGUGCCAACCCUGGCUUGGUCAUCUUUGAUCUGGACCUUUGAGCAGACGCCUCACUGGUCUUCCUUCCUGCAGCCCUACUUUCUACCCACAAACCCAUCCUCCACAUUACCUCCAGAAUGA